CCACUAGCUUGUAGGACAAUGUGGGACGGACACCAUGGAACGCAUCAGUGCGCAACCUCUCGUUCCUCAUCUCAAGGAAAGCUCUCCGUUGUGACAGUUUCGCCACUCUUCGAAGACUUGCGCCAAUACAACAUCCAAUGCUCCAAUCGUGAAUCCUCCAUGCCCUAAUAGAACCACCAUCACCCCGUGUCACCCCUACCAAUAUGGCCCCAUCCGACAAAAUAACCGGCAAGAACCUAACCUACGACCAAACCCUCCCACCCUUCCUCGCCGCCCUCCGCGGCCAACACACUGGCACGGGAUCCAACUCGCCCGACCCGAUUCUCGCGGCGCGCCGCCGCCACGCCAAAGUACGCAGCGCGAGCGAGGAGGCUGAAGACGCGCCUGUAGUUGUCGAUGAGGAGGGUAAUGUCGUUGAUGUUAAGGUGACCGACGACGAUGAUGGGGAAGCGACUGCGAAUGGGAAUGGGAAUAAGAACAGUAGUGCAGAAGAAGAGAAAAGACGAGAAAUGGAAACGGCAAAAGAGCCCGAGAAAGUAGCUGUCAUCGGCGCAGGAAAGAAGAGGAAGGUGGGGAAGGUUGUUGGCGCUGACGAGGAGGAGGGUGAGGAUGCCGGAGGAGUCGAUGCAGCGAUUAGGAAGGCGGUCAAAGCAACACAGAUGAUUACGAAGCGAAGUGACGAGAAAAACGACGAUGCGAAGCCAGUGCGGAAGAUGGGGGAGAAGGGCGGGAAGAAGAAGGCGAAGAAGAUUAAGCUUAGUUUUGGGGAUGAGGGCUGAAGAGAUGGAAGGAUGGAUCGACAUACAACACGCAGAUUAAGACGGCAUGAUUAUGGAGCAGCUAGAACCAGAGCUGUUGUGGUAGACAUGACUCCUCGUACGCUCGACUUGUAUGGCCAUGCCCGCACAAGGACAUGGCCACCUCGGCGUCCCUCCCCAAGAUGCCUUAUUCUUCCAGGAGUCGACCGCAAGAUUUAGUCACUCAGGAUAAUGUCGCGGCGUCGACGCCAGACUAUCUAUGUCUGCAACUGGACAAGCCACUGCACAGCUUUCUAUACCAGCUUCCGCUCGAGAUGGAAGAAGACGAGUGAGGCAGGAUCGCAAUUCGGGGUACCUCUGUUGCUCGCGCCUGAAUAUGGGGGAUGGAAACCCAACCAUUCAGACAUGGCAAAUGAAUGUGCCACCCCCGGGGCCCGAGUGCCCAGAAGAGGAAGAUGCUGUCAAUAUACAUCCGAUACCACGUCGUCUCAUGUCAUAAUAC